CGAAAUUAAUCCUCCUAACCAACCAUGAAAGUGAUCAUUGUCGCCCUCGCAUUUGUGGCUGUCGCUGCUGCCGCUGCCGUAGAUUACGUGCAACCACAGGUUAUUCGAUCCGAAUCCGACCAGUCACCUGACGGAAGUUACAGUUAUAGCUUUGAAAGUGAUGAUGGUACUAAGCGCCAAGAAACCGCCGAGGUCAAACAGGCUCUUGAUGAGGAAGGCAAGCCCCAAAACGUACUUUUUGUCAGAGGCUUUUACUCUUACAUAGACAAUGAAGGCAAUGUUCAAGAAAUAAGAUACGUCGCCGAUGACCAAGGUUUCCACCCCGAAGGUCCUUCUAUCCCAAAACCCGUGUCCAGGAGAUAA